AUGGCCGCUGCAAGUUCUCCCGACAGGCACCAGCAGCUGCUGCUGCCCGCAGUGCGGUCGCGGCGAAACAAGCUCGCGGAGGCCCAAGCUUCGCCGAAUCGGAACCGAACACCACCCCGGCAAGUUCCGAAGGGGCUGUUCGUCAAUGAAGAAGGCUGCGACGCGACCGGUCGGCGGCUGCUUCCACUCGCCAGCCUGCGUAGUGGAAUUCAGGAGGGCGGGGAAAGCCGCGCCUCACACAGUCGACCGCUGAGUGCGCGAAGUUCCGUGUCGGAUGCAAGCAGCAGACCAGAGUCUUGUCUUACGGAUGCAAAUAGAACCACCUGGAGCUUCGGCAACCUUGGCAGUCUUGGCGAGCGCAACAUCAAGCGAAGCUUUAGGCUCAGCAAGGUUGGAAGCAUGGACUCCGUGAGUCGAGUGUCAUCGAUUUCGGAACUUCAGGCUCAUGCUGUGGCAGACUACUUCAUGAGUCCAUCCGGACCCGACUUUGAGAUCUUUCGGCAAGGGCUGGUCUCCGGUUCCCUGUUCUGCUCCGACGUCGACGAAGAUCAGCUGCAGCAAUUGGCACGGCAAGCGCACCUUCUUCGCUUCAAGCCCGGCGAGCUCGCCUCCAACAAGGAUCAACUCGGCACUGGAAUAUUUGUGGUGCGCGAAGGGAGCUUCAAGCUCAUGAAUACCUCGGGCAGAGAAAGCUUUCUUGGUCCCGGGUGCGUCUUUGGAGAGUUGGAACUAGUGCAGGGCUGUGCUGGUGAAGUUGUGGCAGGAGAUUUUGGCGGGACAUGCUUCACGGUUUCAAGCAUGGCACUGCUGUCGACCAUAAAAGCUCUGGCAAGGACGAUCGGGAGCAGAAAUCUGCGCUUUCUUUCGGCAGUGCCUUUGUUUCGGUUUCUGGACUCGCCUGACUUGGCAAUGCUGGGACGAUAUGCCUUCUCCAUCACUCACGCAAAGGAUGCCUGCAUCUAUGAAGCAGGGCAGAUGCCCAAGGAGUUCUUAUAUAUUGUCAAGUCUGGCUGCCUUAUAUCGCAAUCUAAUGAACGUGAAAGGUACAUUUACCCGGGCGAGUGCCUGGACCAGGUGUCGGCUUGGUGCAGCAGGCCCCACGCAGAAACAGUCCGUGUUUCCAACGAGGAUGAUGCGGCAGGAAUGCUGGCCUUCUCGUUUCAACUCCUACGGGACGUACUUGGAGACCAUAUGCCGGACUUUCUCUGGCGGUGCACCUUGCUGCGCAUGCUUCGCGAUGUCUGGUCUGAUCGGCUGAGCUUCGGCGGUCCGCUCAUGUGGCGAGAUGAUCCGGAAGCCUUUGCAAGAGCAUGUAUCAUCCGGUCAUUCCCGGCCAGCAGCUCCGAGCUCUUCUCUGCCGAUGAAGCCGCCUCCAUCUUGUGGUAUGUGGUUUUGGAUGGAUCCCUGCGAAGGACCGGUGAAGAUGCCAUGCCUGGCUGCUCCUUUUGCAUCAGUGAGGGUCACAGAGGGAAGCAGAUCAGAACAACACGGGAUGGAUGUACCCUGGCUAUGUUCCUGCAAGAUGCCAUCGGGACUGCAGCCCCGUAUGGUGACAAGCUGGAGGUGGUGAAAAAUGCUUUGAUCUUCCGAAACCUUGACCGCACCCAACAAGCACAGUUGGCGGAGGCCGGCCAUCUUCUGUUGAGGCGCCGCGGACAAUUCCUCUUCAAAGAAGGUGAUCUGGCUUCACACUUCUUCAUCAUCAAGGAGGGCGAGGUUGUCGUGUCAAAAGGAGGCGAGAUCAUUCGGACCUUGGGCUCCUUCAGCACCUUCGGAGAAGCGGAGCUACUAAGCAAGAAGACACGAUACUUCAGUGUCAAGUGCAAGUCUGACACCGUGACAGUGCUUGCCAUGGACACAAUGAUCUUUGAGCUUCUUGUCAAGGAUCAGGUGUCUGAGCAGUUGCACAACCAGCUGCGCCUGCGGCGCACGGACAUUGGCCUGAAGGACCUUCGAAAGCUGCGGGUGAUCGGGCACGGGACUUUCGGCACGGUGCAACUUAUGGAGCAUCAGCCAUCUGGCAUGAGGUAUGCGCUGAAGCGGAUACGUCGUUCCCAGGCAAUUGCAAGAGGGCAGCAGCAGAGUCUCUGCAACGAGCGAGAGCUGUUGACGGACUUGGACCAUCCGUUCAUCCUCAAGCUCGUUCGAACCUUCAAAGAUUCAAGGUACGUGUAUUUCCUGACGGAAUUCGUCACAGGUGGAGAACUCUUCUUCGCAAUCCGCUCUUUGGGCAUCCUGGCCGGAUGGCAAGCCAGGUUCUACACCGGUGGCCUGAUCCUUGCCCUGCAGGCUCUCCACGAGAAGAGAAUCGUGUACCGUGAUCUCAAGCCGGAGAAUGUGUUGCUCGACUCUGAUGGGUAUCCGAAGCUGAUCGACUUCGGCUGUGCCGUGAGACUUGGUCGCAUGCGGCGCACUCUCAUCGGUACGCCGCACUACAUGGCUCCAGAGGUCAUUCUCGGGGAGGAGUAUGGGGACUCCUGUGAUGUGUGGUCCUUGGGUGUGUGCCUCUACGAGUUCGUCUGCGGCCCGCUGCCCUUUGCCAAUUCUGCGGAAAACCCAAAGCAGGUUUUCCAGCACAUCCUCUCCACUCCCCUGUCGUUCCCUGGCAGUGUUGCCAGCAGCGUUUGCAAGCAUCUCCUGAGGAGCCUUCUGCGGCGAAGCCCAGAGGGACGGCUGGGUUGUGGCCAGAAUGGUCUGUGGGAUGUGCGUGAGCAUGUGUACUUCCAGAAUUUCCGCUUCGACAGGAUGCUGCACAAGCGACUGGAGCCGCCUCUUGCGCCCAGUCCUCCGGGCACACCAAGUGGUGAUGAGGAAAGUCUGACCGAAGAUUCAGGCUCCUCCGCCCAAUCGUCCGAGUCUGACGACUGGGCCAUCUCAUUUUGA